AUGAGCUUGCAUGUAACAUGCUUCAUUCCUAGAGUUUUCAGAACGGCUUGCGUGGGUACAGCAAGUGAGAGCGAUGCUUGUCUGAUAGUGGAGAAUAUCAAGACUCUCAUUGAUUUGAGAUCGGAGAAGGAGUACGGCAUGGACUCGGUCAAAUACAACAGCAGCGUGUGGCAGCAGUACGAUGAUCUUAUUUACGAAGUCAAGAAGUCGAAGACCGGCAAGCCUAAAGCUCUCAUUCCCUCUUCUCCGGCGAAGGAACCAAUGCGCGCGAGACACAUGCUGUCAGUCAUAGAUGAGGCCAUCUACAAGCGAGGAGUCUUCAAGCGGAUGAGCCUGCGCAAGAAGAUUAAAGCUGGAAUCUACAGGGCCGUCAGCUAUACGAAAGCUCGAUCAUUCUUCAUAGAGUACAUCAACAAUGCAGGUCUGCCACUGCUGAAUGAAUUGAUUCUCGACUACGGAGGUCCCUCCAUCAAAGCGGUCAUGCAAGUGUUGUCGGACCGGGCGAAUCAUCCUGUUGCGUUCUAUUGCACUGCGGGGAAAGAUCGUACAGGAUUGAUCGCAAUGCUUGUGCUCUCAGUCUUGGGAGUUGAUAACGAGGCUAUAGUGAAUGACUAUGUGUAUGCGAACUUGGGUGACAAGAAUGCCAUGGUUGGAGCGCUGAGACAAGAGCAGCUGGACCCUGAAAAGUUUCUUCGUGCACCUCGUGCGGUCAUGGAGCAAACAAUCAAACUUCUCAAGGAGGAAUACGGAGGAGCCGCCAAAUAUUUGGAAAGCAUAGGGUUCGGUCCGGAUGAAGUGAAGAAAUUGCGGGUGGCCUUAUGCGAUGACUAG